AUGGCUGGAGAUCGCAGCAGCUUGGACUCGGAGGACACGCUGCGGGCGAUCUUCAAGAGCGGGGUGACGACCAUCGUGUGUCUCCAGUCCAGACAGGAGACAUCGGUCGCCGUGGAUUACCGAAAGAAAGCAAAAGCUCUUCAUCCCAACGUUGCCUUCGUGGAGCAGCCAAUACCCGACCAGGAGGUUGCAGAUGAUGCUGUCGUGGAAGACUUAGUUUCCCAGCUGCUGGAUCGACUGGCUGCUGGGGAGGUCCUCUACGUGCACUGCCGUGGGGGGCACGGGCGGACCGGCACCAUUUGCGCAAUUCUCCUCGGGCGGCUGUACAAACUCUCCCCAGCAGAGGCAAUGGCCCGAACGCAGGUGUGCCAUGACGUGCGGCAGCAGCCUGUCUUUGCCGCUGAGGGAUAUCAGGAGACCAAAGAUGGCUCGAGCUGUGUCAUCCUCUUUCCCUCGCAGCGGCAGCAGGUGAUCCGCCUGCUUCGGGGUGAGGCGGUGGUUCCCGUUCUAGACAGGGCGAGCAGCGCAGCCUAUGGUCCUGGCGCGUCCAAGUAUCCAGUUGAAAAGAUGAUGGAGUGGCAGGGCAAGGCCAAGGAAGCCGCCGACGCCCUCAACAACAGCAAGCAAAAAGCGGAGGGGAAAGAGGACCUUGAGGAUGAAUUGCAGAAAGCUGUGAAGCUCUUCUGGGAGGCCGCCAAGCUGAGGCCAGAUUUCUCACGAGGCUACCUUGGUCUUGCACGAGCACUACGCAUGCUGAAGCAACCUGCUGAUGCCAAGCAUGCAGUGCUUCACGGCCUGGAGCACUGCGCCGACGAUGGAGCCCUGCUGCAAGAGCUCCAAAAGAUAGACAAGGAGCUAGAAAAGCAGACCAUCUUGGAGGAGGAUGCUCCAGCCCCUGCAGCAGAACCAGCAGCUCCAGCGAUCGCGGCGCCGGCGAUGGCAUGGAAGCCAAAGGUUGCCAAGCCGGCUUUGGUCAUGCUCAUGGGCCUGCCAGGUUGCGGCAAGAGCACCUUUGCAGACCAGCUGGUCAAGUCGGGCGGCGGCUGGGAGCGACUCUGCCAAGAUGAGCUGUCUGGCCGCGAUGAGUUCGAGCGUGGUAUUGGGCCAAUUGCCAAGGACAGCAGGAAGCGCUUGAUUCUGGACCGGACCAACGUUGCCAAGAGUGACCGUCAGUGCUUCCUUGGUCUGGCUUUCAACCCCAAAGCCGCAGUCUGCGUGCAUUUUGCAGCCAGCGCUGCUGAAUGCGAGGAGCGUGUGGCCAAGCGUACUGACCACCCAACUAUUCGGUAUGGUGGCGGCAGAGGAGCAGUUCGCGGCAUGGCAGAUGCGUUGCAGCUGCCAACACUGGCUGAGGGCUUCGAGGAGAUCAUCACCAUUCAGAAUUUCGCGGAGGCUGACCACCUCCUGAAAUGUUGGGGUGCUGAGCCAGCUAAAGUCAGUCCGGUCGGCUUCUUCAAGUUUCCUACGACACCUCACAUCUUCGACCUGACCAAUGGCAAGGCUCUGACAGAAAGUGAUCGCCUGUUGAGUGAGACGGAGGCCCAGCAAUUCUACGAUGGCAAGACAACCGUUAUCGUGGAGGAGAAGAUCGACGGAGCCAACCUCGGCAUCUCGCUGACAGAAAGCUACGAACCGCUGUUCCAGAACAGGGCGCACUACGUAUCCAGCAGCUAUGCCACGCAGUGGAAGGCCUUGGAUACCUGGUGGGAAGAGCACGGAUGGGCUGUCUGCCAAUUGCUUGAACCCGAGGUAGAAGUUCUAUUUGGGGAGUGGCUGUGGGCACGACACAGCGUCGCCUACACAAAGCUACCAGCGUAUUUCGUGGCCUUCGACAUCUACAACAAGCGAGCAGGGCGCUUUCUGAGUGUGCGAGAGCGGAAUCGGCGCCUGGAGGGCCUGGACAUACCAGUGCCUGAGAUGUCCAUCACAAAAGGAAUGUGUUUUGCAUGUUGUUAG